AUGAAGCUUCUCACUCUCUUAAUCACCGGUCUUUCGGCUACCGCGACCGCUCUCGUCGCAACUCCUGACAAUCGUGACAGCACCAACGUCAAGACGAACGAAUUGGACAAACGCGGUUGCUACAUCUCCUGCCCGAUGAAUCGCUGGUGGUGUACUCAGUAUCCAUACAAAUAUAGCUGCGGGAAUAGCGGCCAAUUCAAAUGGGAAACUCGACAUACCGACUGUGAGUCGCCUACAAUUGGUUGCUGGUGCAGCUGCGACUGGACGGUUCCCGGUGUCGGGGCAGUUGCUGACCAAGAGGUUGCCUAA